AUGCUUGCCAGCAAGAGCAGCCCUCCAUCAGUCUCUCCCGUUGUUCAUGACCGUAUCCCUUCAUCGGUCUCUCCCAUUGAGCUCAGCUUGGAGCAUCCUUCAUCUUCAGAGGAGGGCACUCUCCAGCCUGACGUGGAUGCGCCUUUUGACAUGUCCGACGCCCCUUUUGACAUGCCCUACAACGAGGACAAGGACACACCCGCACCUGCGGAGGGUCCCGCGCCCGCGCCCGCACCUGCGGAGGGUCCCGCGCCCGCGCCCGCGCCUUCGCCCGCGCCUUCGUCCGCGCCUUCGUCCGCGCCUUCGUCCGCGCCUGACACGUCCAUGCCUGAUGCGCCCGCGCGUGACGCGCCUGAUGUUCACCACACUGGUUCAGCCGUCGCAGGCAUCACGACUGUAUGUUCAUUUACUCCAAACAUUACGCGCAGGCCUGAUCCGUUUGGUUAG